AUGGCGUCGCCGGCGCUGGGGGCGGGGACGCCGCCGUUCCUCACCAAGACGUACGCGAUGGUGGACGACCCGGAGACCGACGACACCAUCUCCUGGAACGAGUCCGGCACGGCGUUCGUGGUGUGGCGCCGCGCCGAGUUCGAGCGCGACCUCCUCCCCAAGAACUUCAAGCACAGCAACUUCGCCUCCUUCGUCCGCCAGCUCAACACCUACGGAUUCAGGAAGAUAGGCCUUGACAGGUGGGAGUUCGCCAACGAGUGCUUCAGGAAAGGGGAGAAGCGCCUGCUCGGCGCGAUACAGAGGCGGAAGGGAUCUGGCGCCGGGGCGCCGGCGCCCGCCAUGAUGGCGACGCCGAUUGCGACGGCGAUUCCGAUCUCGCCCACGCCGACCAGCUCCGGCGGGGACGCCGCGGUCUCCUCGUCGCCGCCGCCCGGGCUGGCGCUGGUGGCCACCGGCGCGAUGGCCGAGCUGGAGGAGGAGAACGCGCGGCUGCGGCGCGAGAACGCGAGGCUGGCGCGGGAGCUCGCGCGCGCGCGCCGCGUCUGCGACGGCGUGCGGCACCUCGUCUGGCGGUAUGACCACGGCGGGGAGGAAGUGGGGGAGGAGGACGAGAGGCACGGCGCCGCAGGCGCGAAGCCGAUGCUGUUCGGCGUCGCGAUAGGGAGCAAGAGGUCGCGCGAGGACGGGCACGGGGGAGGGGAUGAGGGAAAUGGGGCAGAGGAGGACGGCGAAGACGACGAGGAGGAGCAAGAACACGACGAGGACGACGAGAGGCACGCCGCCCGGCGAGAACAAGGGAAGGCUAUGAGGACGGAGCGGUCGGAUCUGAAUGUGCUGUCGCUGUCCGUGCGGGCGGCGGCGGCGGCGAGGCCCGACGGGGGCUCGCGUGAUCGUAGCGGAAACCACUAG